AUGGUCGAUAAUAUUAUGCCCAAUAUAGUGGAAAAUGUAUCAAAAGUAGUUGAAAAUGUGGAAAAAGUUGCUGGUGGCAUAGGGAAAGUGGGUGGCAAAGUAGCAGAUGUUAUACAAGAGGCAGUUCAAACAACGGUAUCUGAUACAGACACGAGUGGCCUUGAAGAAUUUACAUUGUGGAAUUAUAUGUCAAGUUUUUUUAUCCAUAUAGCUCUUAUUGUCAUCGUUAUCGGUUUAAAAUGGCAAUAUGAUCGAAAUCGUUAUCGUUAUCCGAAGGGUCCACGUGAUUGGCGGCAUAUAUCCGAUGCAAUAUCGUUUCAUCGUAAAAAACGUGAAAAUUUAUUAGUAUUAGCAAACGAUUACCCGGAUUUGUGUACAGUUAUAACACAUAUUGGCAGAGUGGUGCUAUUAAAUGAUCCAUCAUUAAUUAAUGAAAUAUUUAUUGGACGAGCAGAUUUAUGCAGUAAUAAGAUCGAUAGUUAUCUAGAAAAUCAACUGCGAUAUAAACCAGGAAAACAUUUACGUACAGGUAUUGUCUUUCGUCAUUAUGACCAUAAUGGACAAACAAUUCAUCGUUCAUUAGUCGAAUGUUUUGAUGAAGUUUUGACUGAAAAUAAAUUAGAUCAGAUUAUACAAGGACAAUUUGAACAAUUUCGUUCCUAUUUGAUUUCAAAUUCAUCUAAAUUUGAUGUUCGACAUUCAACAUUUAAUUUUGCAUUACAUAUUUUAACUCAAUUAUGUAUUAAUCGUACAUUUAAAUAUGAUGAUAAAGUGUUUGAAACUUUUACAAAUAAUUUAUAUAAAAUUAGUAAAACAAUUCAUGAAGAUACGGUAGCUAAAACAUCGAAAACAGCAUUAACCCAACUAACCGGUCUUUCAGAAACAUUGGAUAUUAAUGAUACUGUUUUAAAUUAUAUUCAACAAUGGGUGAAAGAACGACAUCCAAAUGAAGAUACUAGUGAUUCAACAGUCACAAGUACAUCUUCUGGUGAUAUAUUGGAUUCUAUUUUGAAAGUUGUUCCAACAUCAUCACCACAUAUUGAUAAUGAAGAUGUAGCUGCCAUGUUACUCGAUGUUGUCAUGCAUGGAAGCGAAAUGUUAAAAGGUGCAUUAACAUGGCUAUUACUGUAUGUCGUGCGACAUCCAGAAGAAGCCGAUCGAGCGAGAAAUGAAGCGAAAUCUCAGAAUUAUUCAAAAUUUAAUUUAAAAAAUGCAGAAAAAUUGUCGUACUGUCAAGCAUUUGUCAAAGAAGUUUUACGAGUAUCACCUGUUGUGCCUAUUGUUAUUCAUUCAACAUUACAAGAUCUUAGAUGGCGUGAUUAUCAUCUACAAAAGCGAACAUUAUUCGGAGCAAAUGUCUAUGCUUUACAUUAUUCAAUACAUUGGAGUGAACCAACAAAAUUCAAAGUUGAAAGAUGGAUUGGAGAUAAUGCAGAAAAAACACCACAAAAUUCUUAUGCUCCAUUCGGUAUUGGACCAAGACAAUGUAUUGCAGAAAAAUAUCUAUUUUCAAUUUUAACUGGUUUAUUGGCAACAUUAUUAUAUCAUUUUAAGUUUGAAAAAUGUGGUUCAAUACCAGAUCCACACGAAGGCACAUUUGGUAUGGCGAAUUUACCACCAUCAUUUUCACUUUCUGUUCAAGAGUUGAGAGGUGAUGCUAGUUGA